AUGCAACUAUGUCAUGAGUCAGUCCUGGCUCAGCAGAAACAGGGAGUCCAUUCCCCGAAUCCACCUGCGUCUCUGGGCAAGCACAAGGUCGCUUUUGGUCUGCGAUUAGCCCCGCCACCCGAGGACGCGCCACAUAGCCUCGACGUUUUCAUGCUCUCUUAUACGACAGUGCUGAAUACAAAAACUGUAGCUGAAAUUCUACGUAUGGGAUACACUCGUAUACCAGUGUUUGAUGGUGAUCGGAAUAACGUCGUUUCGUUAUUGUUUGUGAAGGAUCUGGCGUUAUUGGAUCCUGACGACAACUUCACCAUACAGACAGUCUGCGGCUACCAUCAACAUCCACUACGAUUCGUUAUGGAAGACACUCCUUUGCGCGUUAUGUUGGAGGAAUUCAAAAAGGGUGAUUACCAUUUGGCAAUGGUGCAACGCAUUGUAUACACGGAAGAUAGUGAUCCAACUUACGAACUUGUGGGAGUUGUUACACUAGAAGAUAUUGUUGAAGAAAUCCUGCAGGCGGAAAUUGUGGACGAGACGGACGCUAUAAUGGAUAAUGUUAACAGAACAAGAAGGAGAGGUGCCCAGGCUCGCGACGUCUCGUGUCUAAUGGAUACAGAUGAACCUUCUCGUGUGAUAAGUGUGCAGAUGCAAUUAGUAGCAAUGCAGUGGCUAACUACUAAUCACAAUGCAUUUAACUCCGACCACAUAAAUCAAUCUGUUUUGGAAAGAAUUAUUCGUCAAAAUUGCCGCCGUGUGCGUGCCUUUCCUGAUUAA